GAAUAGUAGCACAUGGAACUGCUACAAUGUGUACGCACUGUCAAGGAGAGGGGGCGGUGCGUAGUCACUUAGGAAAGGCUGAACUUGAGAUGGUGGAAGCUGGUGAGAGCAGUCUGUGUACCGGGAAUGUUGCCCACGUAUAAAAAGUCAGCCACAUCGGUAGUAUUAGUAGUACCGUGGAAGACUGCUCUGUGAGGAAAAUUGUCGUGGGUGGCAUCGUUGGACAUACGAAGGGGCGACUUUACCAGGACACACUUGUGGUCAAGUGCUCUAAAGGAAAUAAACGUGGUAUGCAUCAUUUCUCUUGUGAUGGUCUCUGCUGGGUGACUCAAGUGUGCUGUGCUUGCUCUGUCGGCAAAUGAGAUAAGAUCCUUCCGUGAUCAGUCAGAAACCUGGUGUUCAGGCCUGCUUCCAAUCAGUAACUUUGCACUAGUCUUGACACUUAAGUGUGGUGCCUGGCCUGUGAGUGCAGAGUCUCCGAUGGGCGAGCGGUCACAGAGGUUGUUUUCAAAGUCUGUGUAGUGUGCCGUUCUGCAGAGGGCACCCUGGUCAAUGGCAGCCAUGGUAGAGAUGAGGUUCACCCUAGUGGACUAUGUGAUUUUUGCCCUCCUGCUCUUGCUUUCCUCGGGCAUUGGGCUCUACUAUGCCUUCUCAGGGGGCCGCCAGCGCACGAUGCAGGAGUUCCUGCUGGCGGACCGUAGCAUGAGCUGCUUGCCUGUGGCCCUGUCUCUGCUCGCCACCUUCCAGUCUGCUGUGGCCAUUCUGGGGGUACCUGCAGAAAUCUACACCUCCGGCACACAGUAUUGGUUCCUAGGCACUUCCUAUGUGCUUGGGCUCCUGAUUCCUGCACACAUCUUUAUUCCUAUGUUCUAUCGAUUGCGGCUGACCAGCGCCUAUGAGUAUCUGGAGCUGCGCUUCAACAAAGUGGUUCGACUUUGUGGAACUAUAACCUUUAUCUUUCAGAUGGUGAUCUACAUGGGUGUAGUUCUCUAUGCUCCUGCACUGGCUCUCAAUGCAGUUACAGGCUUUGACCUUUGGGGAGCAGUGCUGACUGUAGGUCUGGUUUGUACCUUCUAUACUGCGUUGGGUGGCCUGAAGGCGGUGAUUUGGACGGACGUUUUCCAGACGGUGGUGAUGUUUGCUGGCCAGCUAGCAGUCAUUGUGGUUGGAGCAUACCAAGCUGGAGGGAUUGAAGCUGUCUGGAAGAAAGCACAGGAGGGGAAUCGCAUCUCUGGACUAGAUCUUAAUCCUGACCCGUUGGAGCGGCACACCUUCUGGACACUGGGUGUGGGAGGGGUCUUCAUGAUGCUUGCACUGUAUGGGGUGAACCAAGCACAAGUGCAACGCUACCUCAGCUCCCGGACUGAGAAGGAAGCCAUCACGUCCUGCUAUGUGGUGUUCCCUUGUCAGCAGAUUGUGUUGGCCUUGGGCUGUCUAAUGGGACUGGUGAUGUAUGCACGCUAUGGGGAAGAAAGCCCUCUGGCCAGCGGAUAUGUUAAAGCCAAAGACCAGAUGGUGCUGUAUUUUGUGAUGGACGUACUAAAGGAUCUGCCUGGACUGCCAGGAUUGUUUUUGGCUUGUCUGUUCAGCGGAGCUCUCAGUACCAUUUCCUCAGCCUUUAACUCUCUGGCCACGGUGACAAUGGAGGACUUGAUUAAGCCCCAUUUCCCUGACAUGACAGAAUACAGGGCCACAUUGCUGUCUAAAAGCCUUGCACUAGGGUAUGGGCUCAUUUGUUUAGGAAUGGCCUAUAUUGCAUCCCAGAUGGGGUCUGUGUUGCAGGCAUCACUCAGUAUCUUUGGGAUGAUUGGGGGUCCUCUCCUUGGACUGUUCUGUCUUGGAAUGUUCUUCCCCUGGGCUAACCCCACUGGUGCUGUCACUGGCUUGGUGGCCGGCCUGGUCAUGGCCUUCUGGAUUGGCAUCGGGAGCUUUGUGUCUCAGACUGUUGGCUCUGACCCCCUCCCUCCACUCAACACCACAGCCCUCCCAGACACUGGGAAUAUGACCACCGUCGCCAUGACUACACUGGUGUCUGCCGUCGCCAACAAAGCAAGACCGACGGGACUACAGCACUUCUAUUCUCUGUCUUACAUGUGGUACAGUGCGCACAACUCCACCACAGUGGUAAUAGUGGGGCUGCUGGUCAGUUUCCUCACAGGUCCCAUGAAGGAGAAAGAUGUGACUCCUGGCACGAUAUACCCAGUGUUGGGCACCCUACUGUUCUUCUUACCGGAGCGGUACAGAGAGAAGCUGUGCUGUGUUACCACGCUGGAACGAAGGGCCAGUGAGCCCAGCGCCCAGCAGCAGCUGAUGACACAGAAGACGAGCAAUGGCAAUGCGUUCUGUACCAAUGAAGACAAGGCCGAGGACGAAGACCUGGAGAGGCGCUUGGGGCCAGUGUGUCACUACACUUAUAUCGUGCAUGAGACUGCCCUAUGAGGCUGGCCAGGCCCUCACUGUCUUGCAGGGAGCUCUUUGAAUCAGCAAUGAAAACUCUACUGUGAGCCCAGAAAGGACAGAGCUGCAGGGUGGAAUGCUACAAGAAGAUCUUGUCCACCUUUCACAUACUUUCAACUUUCUCCUUUCUGGGAGAUAUCAAAUACUGUCUAAAGGGGAAUGCUGGAAUAGAGAUUCCCAUAUACUGUACCUGAGGUGAGAAGGACUUCUUAAUCAGAAGUGGCUGAGCCAUUAUUCUUACCGUGCUUGAAAAACAAUUCAGUAUGAGGCAUCUGGCCCUUCCUUUUCAGUGUAGUGUUUUACAUUUCUUUUGAUGAGCCUGAGUGUAUGGCGCAAAGAUGAAAGAAGAAUAGCUUGAAAGAAAUAGCAACUACAAUUUUCCCUUUCUAGCUUCGCGGUCGGUAAUGCUAAAUGCUGCUGCAGUGGCAUUGUCCACUGAACAAGAAAGCACAACAAGCAAUGUCCCCAUCUUAGGAGGGUCUAAUUAAUGAAGCAGUAGAAAUGAGAUCUGAAGACAGAGAUACUACACCCCCUUUCAGAGAUGAUAUGGCAAUAGCUUGAAUUGCUUCCAACUUCAAAAACAAAACCAUCACUUAUGUGUACAGGUAGGCGUAGUGGUCUGCAUCACAUCUGUAGAUAGGAGACAGCUGAGUAAUGGUGUUCUGUGUUAUGGUGCAUGGAAUGUCUUUUUUCACUGUGAGAAAAUCAUCAAGACCCAGCAUCCAAGGGAUGCUUGAGGUACUGUACUAUUAAACCUCUUUCAUGCCAUUAUCUGGCACUGAGGGACUGUGUCUUUUUAAAGAAUACCAGCUUCUCAUUACUGUACCUUACCAUUUAGAGCUAAUAGGUGAAAACUAGUUAAAACAAUACUACAUAUACUACUCCAUGUAUUUCUGUCAUGAUUAUUACCAAAUGUCAGUGUCAUUCCCACGGUAAAUGUUUUAAUUCCAAAGGACCUUCAUUAUGGGUUUUUUAUCUGUAACACAAAUAUAGAUCCACAUUUUCUUUAUGAUAAACCAUGAACAUGGUUCUUUUGCUGUGCCAAAUGAUGAAGUUAAACUAAUUGAAUUGUUCAGGUCUUCCUGAAUUGCCAUAUAACACUUGAACAAAUGAGUGUUUUUCAAGAAAAUGUUUUUUUUCAAGGAAAUUUUAUAUUGCCUAUGGAAACACCAGUUUCAGACCGUCACGUAAUGUGCUUUAAAAUAUCCAACUGGAUAAGGUGGCCAAUGUUCUUAGUCUAUUUCUGGUAGCUUCUUAAGCAGGAAACUUCAUAUUUCAUAACUUGGUGUAUCUUAGAAAAUACUUUUGAAUCUGCUUCUAUAAUACGGCUUGUUCCAAAUACUCAAAGCUCACUGUGUUAAAAAGUGCCUCUCAUUUCUAGUACAUGUCUGUCCAUUUACAGAAGUGAAAAUGAAACAAAUUUAGUUUCUGUUACCUCUUCCUUGAACAAAACUGACAGGUUUUGAAAUUUUCACGAAAUGUCACAAUUUUCACAAAAGUAAGAUCUAGCAAUUGCAUCCUGUUAAGACAAUCUUCUUAAUCACUCUGUACUUGGUACUUCUGUAUCACUCAACAGCCUCUAUACAGGUGUGAUUUCCAUGUUUUUGUUGAAAGCAUGUUUUAGUAUCCUUGCAUAGCCAGGAUAUCACUUGCACACUGCAGAUUAUGUGCAUUUCUUCUGCAUGCAAUUUUCAUCACUAGCCAUACCUUGAAUAUUCAUUCAUUAUAGAAUUAUUCCUGGAGAUUUACAUUCUUGGAAUGUGUCUAGGUUUUCAACAUUAUAGACUAAUUGAGACAUUUGUUGUCUUGCUUCCUGUUAGUGGUUUGUGUGCUUCCGUACUAUAGACAGAAGAUUUUAGUGAUGUUUCAGUAUCUCUUCUGCUUUUGAUUGGUCAGUGUAAUUCUGCGUGUCUAUGUUGGUGCUCUGUGCUAUGUAUUGUGUUGGCAAGAUUUGCCUCCAUGGAAAAAACAAACAUUUCUCUAAAGCAACAAAGUGAUCAUUUCUAAAUAUUGACUUCAGGUUUCCUUCUAUAUGAAAUUCAUUCAUUCAUGAAAGUCAAAAUCUAAUCAUUUUGAGAGAGAUCUUUUGUGACAACAGCUUGUAUCCAGUUUAUGUUUUUAUUACAUACAGUAGACUAAGUAUUAUGUGCUACAAAAAAGGACCAGUUCAUUUUUCUUUUCUUUUGUACCUGAGAUUACUUGAAAAUGUAAGGUGGUCUAUUUAACUGCCUGGAGAACUUGAAAGAGUCUGCUGGCUUAACUGAAGAUUUAGAGUAAAUGUGUAUACGUUUUUUAAAGAAGUAAAAAAACUCUUAUUUAGAAAAAAAGGAAAUUGUUGUAAAGGCAUUGUGAUAUUUGCACUUAUAAAAACACUAUGAAGGGUAAGGGGAUUUUUCCUGUCAAGAAAAGAGAAAUUAAACCAGAUCAUCUUGUGCUGCAAAUCACUAAUGCAGAACCGAAUCAGUAAAUCAGUGCUGGAUGCUUGAAUUAGUCAAAAGAUAGAGAAAGUGUGUAAUUUAAAAAUAAAAAUGUCAUAUUUGGUAUAUCAUGAGUGGUGUAAAUGAAUUAGGAGGAUGAUGCUGUGGUGAGAAACCUGCCUAAAACUUUUUUUUCUUGGUUAAUCAAAAAUGGAAUUUACUGGUUAGUAAUCAGUGAUUUGUCGCAAAUGAUAUGGAGUUAAAUAAUAUGUGAUGUUGCCCUACUUAACAUUCCAAACAAAUGCUAGUUGUUUUAUCUAGCAUUUCCCCAUUCUAUGAAAAAGUGCCUUUGUUUGACUUUUUGCUUGUUUUGUAGUUUUGGAGCCACUCAAAAGAAAUGUUACUGAAAUUUAGCCAAAUUAUUAAAUUUAUUUAUUUUCAGGAGGCAUGGUUCCUUAGAGUCCACAACAAUGUGUGCUGGGCUUUGUGCUCUGUCCAAAGUCCAAUCUUCAAAAUUGUUGCACAGUUGCACAGCCAGAGCAGUUUUCUAGACACUGUGGGUCAGCUGACGUCUUUGUAGUUGAUCUGUGCGUCUAUAUUUAGAGUGUUACAUCUUAUUGAAUUGGCUAGUAAAUACCCAAACAGCGAUGAUGGCUCUAAAAUGUUGACCUGACUAGGUCACAUGGCUAAAUCUGAUGUACAGAAAUCCACAGAUGGUCUUGGGUCAUUUUACCUGUAAGGCAAAAGGAGUGCUUUUCAAAACAAACAAAAAAUCAAUGUAUAAAUUGCUUCAAGAUUUUGUCUGAUAGUGCUUUCAAAAUAAAGUGUUUAAAUAUCUUG